UCCUAAGCAAUUGUGCAGUGAGGCCCCACCUCUCCCAGCCUGAUCUGCAGGCUCGGGUUACUCUCCUGGCUCUCAGGAGCCCACAGUGAGCUUCUCGCCUGCCUGCUGCCCCUGCCUUCAGCCCCAGCCUGGCGGAAUAACCCCCUUUGGAGAGCUCACACCUUAUCUCAGGAAGAUCUGUUGGCAAACACCAGCUCGAGGAUGGAAUAGCACCACUCGAGAAGAGACUCAGCAACCAAACUCCUGCAAACAGUAGCUGAGCAAUAUCAUCCUGUCCACUUUUGUUGCAAAAUCGGGAAAAUCCGUGUCCUCCCUGCAGCAGCCGUCAGGGGCAGGACUCUGGCAGUGAUGGCUCUGACUUCACCUGCUUCUGCAAAUGAGUCACGGAGUGUUAUAAAAAGCAAGGACCUGCCAAGUCUCAUUUCUUGGAACUGAGUGGAAAUUUCAGCAAGCAGCUGCUCCUUCCUUAGUUUAUACUUUCCCUCCGCAGGUUUCUUGGAGAGGGCCUGGAAUCACAGGAACUUUGUAGCAUAAAGGACCUGUUGCUGCGUUUGGGUAACACAGUGGAAAGUUUGGUCCAGAUACGAUUCUGAUCUUCCUAAGGGAUCUUGGUGAAUCCUGCAAGGAGCCUCGGGAACGGGAUUAAACAGGUGUGUAAGUCUUUCUGGAAUGGCAAUUGAAUCCUAUCAAAAAUCGGGAGCAGAACCUCAAAAAUCAGCUUAGCUCUCCUAUACACCACCUGAAUAGAAGUUCUUUGAAUAUCAGGUUCUUUGAAUAUGUCUGACGCCGCCAAAAGAUUUAUGCUUUCUCCCUUUUUUUCUGGAGCAAUAAGGCACAUAAGGCAAAAACUUGUUUGAAAGAGAAAUCGGUGAAAACAGGUUGUGGUGGAGCCGCUCGGUUUUAGGAGGGGAAGCGGCUGAUUACAGCAAUCCCGAGUGAAGUGUAGCGUGAUGACUCCGGUACCUGCAGGUGUGCCAUAGGGACACACGUGUCAAUUGUCAGAGCGGUGCCACAUGGAAACAGCAUCAUCAGCUGGGACAUUUCAGCCGGCAUUUCAAGACUUUUGUUCUCGUAGACCAGUCGUUCCAAAAGGUGGUUUAGCUGCACCUACUUCUUCAGGGAAGGAUGUUGCUUUGGAGUCGUGUGAUUUGUCCUGUUGGGCAGCUGCCUUCUGAGUGCCUCUGGGGAGAUGCCAGCCAGCUGAAUUAAGCAAUAGCAGGGACAGCACCUACCCAGGCUGAAGUUUUAAGCCCAGGCACGUGGCAUUUGCACAGGUUGCUUCCCCCAGUGAGUGACGGUGAGAAUGAAUGGGCACAUCUCAAACACCCCUCCCGGUGGAUAUGGAAGUUACUUCCCUCAAAUGAAUGGCUAUGGCUCCCCAACGUUUGCUCAGGCAGAGAGGGAGCAGAAUUCAAGAACAAGUGCAAAAGCUCUCUAUGAACAAAGAAAGAAUUAUGCACGAGACAGUGUCAGCAGCAUAUCUGAAACGUCACAGUACCACGUAGAGCACUUGACCACCUUUGUUCUGGACCGAAAAGAGGCAAUGAUUACAGUGGAUGAUGGAAUCAGGAAGCUGAAAUUGUUGGAUGCCAAAGGCAAAGUGUGGACUCAAGACAUGAUUCUUCAAGUGGAUGACAAAGCUGUCAGUUUGGUGGACUUGGAAUCAAAGAAUGAACUGGAGAAUUUUCCUUUAAGCACAAUUCAGCAUUGCCAAGCUGUGAUGAAUGCAUGCAACUACAAUUCAAUUCUUGCAUUAAUAUGUAAAGAACCAACCCAAAACAAGCCUGAUUUGCAUCUUUUCCAGUGUGAUGAAAUUAAGGCUACCCUUAUUCAUGAAGAUAUUGAAAGUGCAAUCAGUGACAGCAAAAGUGGGAAACAAAAGAAGAGGCUGGAGACACUGAGGAUGAUCUCCAAAGCUGACAGUGCCAUCCCCCCGCCCCCACGGGCACCUGCCCCCGUGCCCCCGGGGACCAUCACGCAGGUGGACGUGCGGAGCCGUGUGGCGGCGUGGUCGGCGUGGGCCUCGGAGCAGGGGGAAUAUGAAAAGCACAGACAAUACCAUGAGCAGGAAGAAACAGCAGAGAUGAUAGCAGCCAGGAUCGACAGAGAUGUUCAAAUUCUGAACCAUAUUUUGGAUGACAUAGAGUAUUUUGUUACCAAACUGCAAAAAGCUGCUGAAGCAUUUGCUGAGCUUUCAAAGAGGAAGAAAACUAAAAAAAGUAAAAAGAAAGGACCUGGAGAGGGUGUUCUUACUCUCCGUGCAAAGCCACCACCUCCAGAUGAAUUUGUUGAUUGCUUCCAAAAAUUCAAGCAUGGCUUCAAUCUUCUGGCCAAGUUGAAGUUCCAUAUCCAAAAUCCUAGUGCAGCUGAUCUGGUUCAUUUUCUCUUUACCCCACUACAUAUGGUGGUGCAGACAACAGGAGGUCCAGAGCUUGCUAGCACAGUGCUCAGCCCCCUCCUGACAAAAGACACCAUCGACUUCCUGCGAUACACCAUCACCAGCGAGGAGGGACAGCUGUGGAUGUCCCUGGGUGAUUCAUGGACCAAAGCCAGAGCUGAAUGGCCAAAAGAGCAUUUUAUUCCCCCGUACGUCCCUCGUUUCCGAAAUGGCUGGGAGCCUCCUCUGCUGAACUUCACAGGAGCUCCAAAGGAGCAGGAACUCAACCAUUUGGCUGAGUCUGUGGCAAACGUGGCAGAGCAACAGCGCAAGCAAGAGAUGAAAAGAUUGUCAAGUGAGCCUCCCGGCGUUCCCGACUACCCCCCGGCGGAUGGGUAUGCAUUCAGUAACACGGUGUACAAGAGAGGGCCUCUGCUGGACCAGGGGGCAGCUGUGGCUGCCUUUAAGCAAACUGUUAGCCGACAUGUAGAUAGAAACUACGAAGCACACGGUAAAGCACAGAGCAAGAAAUACGCCAAAUGCAAGUACGAAUUUGUGGCAAGGAACAACAGUGAGCUUUCUGUCAUGAAAGAAGAGAUUGUGGAGAUUCUGGAUGACAGAAAGCAGUGGUGGAAGGUCCAGAACAAAAGUGGCAGCACGGGCUUUGUGCCAAACAACAUUUUGGACCCUCUGAGGAUCGCAGAAGGCGGUCAGGGAUGGCCAGAGCCUGCCUACACCCGCACCAUCCAGAAACAAAGGACGGACUACGUGGCGAAACAACCCGAGCCGGUUCCCGCUACGCCCUCGCCGCCCCCCACACCCGCCCCUGUGCCCGUGGCUGUCCCUGUGGCUGUCCCCAUGGCUGUCCCCAUGCCUCCCAACGCCCCAGCUCCCAUCCCAGUCCCCGUGCCCAAGGCGCCGGCCGCCGUCAGCCGCCAGAGCAGCACCUCCAGCGACAGCGGUGGCAGCGUGGCCCGCGACACCCAACGGCAGAAGCAGAUUCCUGUGGAUCGCAGGAAAUCUCAGAUGGAGGAGGUGCAGGAUGAACUUGUUCACAGGCUCACCAUCGGCCGGAGCGCUGCCCAGAGGAAAUUCCACGUGCCACGGCCAAACAUCCCAGUGGUGAACAUCACUUACGACUCCUCUCCUGAGGAUGUCAAAGCCUGGCUGCAGUCCAAAGGAUUCAACCCUGUGACUGUGAACAGCCUCGGAGUGCUGACAGGGGCUCAGCUCUUCUCCCUCAAUAAAGAGGAACUGAGGACUGUCUGCCCAGAAGGGUCGAGAGUCUACAGCCAAAUUACGGUACAGAAAUCUGCCUUGGAGGCUAACAGUGGUAGUUCAGAACUGCAAGAAAUUAUGAGAAGACGGCAAGAAAAAAUCAGUGCAGCUGCCACAGAUUCAGGUGUGGAGUCCUUUGAUGAAGGAAGCAGCCACUAAAUGUGUUUCCUCUUUUCUUUAAUUCCAUUGUCCAUAGCAUUAAACCAUCCAGCUUUGCUUUAGGAAGCAGUGAAAGGGGAAUGUCUUAUUGUAUUGUAAACAUAACUAGCCAACAUAAAGGAAAUUUCCAGUAGUCUCCACAGAAGUACCUGCUGCUGGCUCCUCAUCCUGAGAAAUGAAGAGAUGAGAAAGGCAGAGGAGAUUCCUGACAGGUGAAAAUAUCGGUACACGAUUCAUUUACACCCAGAGAUGAGUCUUGGCUUUAUGGAAUUAACAUGACAGAUAAAUUGGAGCACGUCUGUGUUGGUGAUUCAUCUGAGGGAAGCUGAGCCAGCAAUAAAAAAGCAUUUGAACCCUUCAGUAAUAAUAAGAUUCUGAAUCCCAUCUCUUGCUGUAGUGCACAAUUAUUUCUUUUUUGGCUCAGUCUUUCUUGUCAGGCAUUUGGCUGCAGGAUGUUUACGUAAGUUCUCAACUCCAGCAAAUGCAGAGGAAAUGUUUAGGGAAUGAACAGCAGCCCAACACAGACUGAAUCCUUCCUGCAUCACUCCCAAGAUGUUUUAUUACUAAUGAUGCUGUUUAUAGCAAAAUAAUAUUCUUGUACAUUGAUUUUAUCCGUAUUUCACCUGUGAUGAACUAUAAUAUUGCACAAGAAGGAGUAACUAGAAAAUAGUAACACAACCCAGCUCAAAGAGGAGAUGAGAUCUGCUGUAGCCAUGCAACAACUCACAGUAUUUUUUUUUUUUUUUUAAUAAUUGCAUUUUUUUGUCUGUAACCUAACCCAUCAAAAAGGACAGUGUAUAAUCUAGACUUCUCUGUGUGUUCAUCCCAGGUAUCAGUUUUUCCUCAUGCAAAAAGCCUUUGUAAUUUCCUUUAUAAAUGUAAUCUUGUGGAAAAAUGGAUUCCUGAAGGCAAAACGGGGGGAAAAAAGAAAAGAGAAACAUCCCUUCCAGAAAAAUGUUAUUUUUGGAGAUGCAAUGAUUUUUGUCAUAAAAUAUUCUGUUUCACAUGGUCAUGUGAUUUUAUAUAUAAUAUAUGUAUUAUAUAUAAUAUAUAAUAUCACUUAAUUUAGACAAAUUUAAUCACCUAGUUUGAUUUUCAUAGUGCCUUUUUCACAUGAAUCAGCUUAAAGUCUGCAAUAAACAGUAUUUCUUGUCUGUUAAAUUGUUGUAUCUUUGUGGCUACAAAGAGUAUUGAAAUAAGAAAGUAAUCUUGAUUUUUGCCAUUAGUUUGCUUUUCCUCUGCAUACAAGGGAAAAAAAAAAAAUCUAUUCAUUUUUCACAAAUGAAAAAUUAAACUCUUAAUAAAGGUAUUAGUGCCAUUUAUUGUAAAUGUCCUCGCAAAUACUACUUCUGUGUGGUUGGUGGUGUGUCCAUUUUUUACAUUUAAUAUAAAUUCUUGAUGCCUGUCUGAAUAAGCAUGGCCUUAUUCAGAAAUGGGUCAAGAAGUGAUAAAUCCCAUUACCUGCAAGUGCAGGAGGAGGAACCUUUGAAUCUCCCAUUUAAAACUCAAGAGUCCCUGGCUUUUCUCAUGGGAAGGAAAUGGGAAAUCUGAAUGGUGUUGAGGCAAAUAUUUCCCUUUUUUCCUGGAAUUUCCUUGGUUUAAAGCACUGCAGGGAGCUUCACCCUUAUGCUGCUGUGCAGUUUUUGAAUUUUCAUUUUGUUGAAUCAUGUAAGGAAUCAGAAGGAGAUCUCAUUUGGGGUUCCUCAAAUGAAAAUAAAAUGUUUUCUUCAAAAUAUUCCGUGGUUUAAACACAAACACUGUAAAAUGCAGUGUUUUGUUCAAAAUGUUUGCUCCAGGAUUUGAGCAGUGAGGCUUUAUUUUUUCAAUACUAAUAUUUCAGGAGGAUGUGAUAUGUCUUUGAGUAGGAAACAAAGCAGGUUUUUAAAUGCCAGAAUCAGUGCCUUAUUAGACACUUGAUAAGAGGAGGUAAUUUACUAUUUUGCUUCCAUCAGUUUUAUACAAACUUUAAUUGCUCCAAAACAUUGAACUGUAUAAAAAUUGGUGGCUUGUUGUUUGUUUGGGGUUUUUUUUCUUUUUUUUCCUUUUUGUUUUGGGAAAUAAGUGCAUAUAUCCAUGAUGUGUGCAGAAAUAAAUGGUUUCUGAAGCUGUU